AUGGCAACUCCUUCUUCCUAUGGGGACGCUGUCGGCAAGCAGCCUCUUGAAAUGGCAAUUGUUCCGGAGGCCUACAUCAAAGCCAAUAAAUUCCAGAGGGACCUCAACAUCAAAAGUCUCGACUCAAUGCAAAUGGCCUUCACCAGUUUACCAAACCGAAACCAGCAGUUCAUCGACCUGGGCUGCGGGACAGGCGACUUCACGCGUCAGGAGCUGUUGCCACGCUGCCAACCUUGCGGCAUAAUGGUAGCCACUGACGUGUCCCCGGGAAUGCUGAAGUACGCCAAGGAGAACUUCGCGCACUCGCAGAUUGCGCACGAGGUACACGACAUCGAGGGUGACGUCUCGGGGCUUGUCGAGAAGUACGGCAAGUUUGAGCGCGUCUACUCCUUCUUCGCCCUGAACUGGGCGGAGGACCUCGGAGCUGCUCUAAGAAAUGUGGCAGCAUUGAUGACCGACGAUGGGGAGUGCUUGCUGGUUUUCGCGGCUCGCACCAGUUUCUUCGUGGUGUGGAGGAAAAUUGUGGAGCUGGAUCGAUGGAAACAGUACAAAGGAGUUAUUGAGCGCUUUAUUCCCCCAAGCCAGGAUAUCGGAGACAGGUCGGCCCUUACUCCGUACAUGCUUGGCAUUCUUGAACGUGCCAACCUAAAGCCACGCACGUGCGAAGUCAUAAGCCAUGACAUAAUCGAAGGGGGUGUGGACGAAUUCAUCCAAGUCGAACUCUCUACGGAUCCCAUUGCACCGUUGUUGUCGAAGGAAUUGAAGACGCUCUUUAAGACCGACAUGACGGAGAUUAUUCUCAAGAUGUGGAGUGAAGAACCGGCCGGGAAUCCAGAUUAUCUUCUGGAUAUUUUCCUAGUUCACGCAGGCAAAAUCUUAAAACGAGCAUAA